AUGCAAGCUAUUGCAGUAACCGAAUACGGCCCUAUCACCAACCUAAAGUCCAUCAGUAUUCCUAAGCCAUCCAAUCCCCAAGGCUAUGACAUACUCGUCCGCAUAAAAGCCUGCUCCGUCAACCCAGUCGACACCAAGGUGCGCGCAGGAGUGUACGAUGACUACCCAGACUACUACGAGCGCACACCCAAACUCCCUCAAAUCCUAGGCUUCGAUGGCGCCGGCGUGAUCGAAAGCGUCGGAUCCGACGUCAACGACUUCAAAGCUGGCGAUGAAGUGUACUAUGCUGGUUCGCCAAUUCGACAUGGAAGCAACGCAGAAUACCAGCUGGUAGAUUCAAGAGCCGUGGCACUGAAGCCAAAGAGUCUGGAUUGGGGACAGGCUGCUGCCAUGCCCUUGACAUGGAUCACAGCGUACGAAGCACUCGCCGAGCGCAUGGAAAUUCAGAAAGGUGAAAAGGCCGGUAUUUUGAUCAUUAACGGAGCGGGAGGUGUUGGUAGCGUAGCAAGUCAGAUUGCGCGCCGUGUUCUCAACCUACCCGUUGUAGUCACCACGGCGUCCAGAGAAGAGACAGUCAACUUCUCAAAAGAUGUAGGAGGCGCCACGCAUACCAUUAACCAUCACGAAGACAUCGCAAAGGAGGUUGAGAAGUUGAAACUUGACGUGCCGAUCAAGUAUGUCUUCAUCACACACACUCCAACGUCUGGCUAUCUCGCACCUGCUGCUAAGAUCUGCGCCCCGUUCGGAAAGGUCUGUUCCAUCGUUCAAGAUAAGGAGAUGCCAAUGUAUGGCACCGAGUUCAUGGCAAAGAGUCUCACUUUUGUUUGGGCGUUGCUGGGUACAAAACCGUACUACGGGGUAGACGUUGAAAGCCAUGGAAAGAUCCUCAAAGACUUGGCUCAAAUGCUCGACGAAGGGAAAGUGAAGUGCCAUUGCAUGCAGAAGCUGAAGGUCGAUGAAGAUGGCUUGAGGAAGGCACAUGAGAUUAUCGAGAGUGGCAAAGCUAUCGGCAAAGUUGCUUUGGAGUUUUAA